AAGAUUAAAAUCAUCAACCACGAAAUUAAUUUAAUUAAAACGAAAUUUUUGAAGGUUAAAAUCGAUUGGUCACCCUGAUUAACCAAAAAUUUUCGGAAUUCAAAUUUCUUAUCAACGAAAUAGUUGUAAUUCGAUUACUUUUUUAGUUUUUAUGGGUUACAUCAAAGUGCAAAGAAUAUCAGAUAAGGAAAAAUCGAUAUUUGAUAUUAUAUUUUAAUCACUAAUCACUUUUUAAAUUGCAUCAAUGGAAUUAGCAAAAUAACGUGAAACAUUUGUAAGUACAUAUUUCAUUUCCAAAAUUAAUUUAAUUAAAAAUAAAUCCUGAUUAAGCUUAUUUAUUGUGCUAGUUUCAUUUGAAAAAUUUCAUAAACAUUUCCACCGUGACGUUCUCAAGCUAUUUUUACCAUUUAAAUCUGAUGCAUUGUGAUGCAAUACGUAGUGGCGCGUUUUCAGCGAACUUUACGGCCUGAAAAUGUUGCGUAUAUAUUUCCGAUACAUGUUUAAUAAAAAUUAAAGCAACUUUAAGUCUCAAUCUGUUCGUUAAUAAUAUAAGAUGGAUUUUCUAAUUGGGGGUGUAGCAGCUGCUGGAGCAAGCGUUUUCAGUAAUCCAUUAGACGUUUUAAAAACCCGCAUGCAACUUCAAGGUGAAUUAAAAGCAAAAGGACAACAUGCGGUACAUUACAGAAAUGUUUUUCAUGCGGCCGUUGUCGUCGUUAAACACGACGGGGUUCUUGGGUUGCAAAAAGGAUUGGGCCCGGCUCUGGUAAUGCAUUGUGUUCGAAAUACGAUUCGAUUGGGUGGCUACCAGUGGCUAAAUAAUAACGGUUAUUUAAGCAACCGCGAAAACGGAAAAACAAUUUUCGUUAACAGUUUUAUUGCGAGUGCUUUUUGUGGCGCCGCCGGAGCUUUUUUCGGAAGCCCCUUAUUUUUAAUUAAAACUCAAUUACAAUCGCAAGCCGCUAAAAAUAUUGCUGUAGGAUUCCAACACGGCCAUUCUAAUGCAAUUGGAGCACUUAAAGAAAUUUACAACAAUCAUGGGAUAAAUGGUUUGUGGAGAGGCUGUACUGGAACAAUGAUUCGAGCUUUAGCUGGUUCUUCAGCUCAAUUAGCUUCAUUUGCUCAAGCAAAGGAACAUUUAGCUGAAUACAAAAUAUUUAGGGAUUAUUCCAUUUUAAAUUCUUUAGUUUCAAGUAUUAUUGGUGGUGUUUUUCAAUGUUUAUUGAUGCAACCAUUUGAUUUGGUCUCAGUGCGUUUAUAUAAUCAAGGUGUUGACGCAUCUGGAAAAGGACUUCUAUACGAGGGUAUAAACGAUUGUUUUAUUAAAAUAUUCAAAUCCGAAGGAAUUGCAGGUUUUUACAAAGGCGUCACAGCGAAUUACAUGAGAUUAGCACCCCACGGAGCUUUAUGUUUAGUUUUUUGGGAUAUUUUAAAAGAUUUACAAAUACAGUAUGUUGGAACAAACCCAAAAUUAAACAAUUCAAAUAGCUGAUAAUUAAUUAAAAUUUUUUACGACUUUUUUAUACAAAAAAUUAAUUUAAUCAAAAUAAUAAUUAAAAUAUAAUUUAUUUUAAAGAAACCAGAGUUAGUAGCAUUAUUUCAGAUUUGAACAUUUUUUUUUAACAAAAAUAAUCUAUAUCCAAGAUAAUCUAAUCUAAAUCCAUAUAGAAAUCUCAAAUUAAAUUCCAAUAAUGAAAAACACUAUCGGAAUUGCUUAAAACAAUACCUUACAUGCUAAUCAACGGUUAAUUUCGAUUCAAGAAUGUUAAAAAUGUUUAAUAAACGAAUUCAACUACUACAAAAAAUUCGUACUACGUGAAUUAUUCA